AUGGAUCCAUCUGGGAGGAAUGCAAAAUGGGACUACUACAAAACGACAGUGAUGCGUGCGUACACACCUAAGAAAGGACCAGCUGCUGAAAUAGUCCGUCCCUAUGACACCAAACAUUUUGGGCAUUCUUACAAGCUCGGUGAGCCUGUCGGCAGUAACACGUACCGGGAUGACUAUGGCUGGAAGCCGUAUUCUAGAACAGAACUCAUCAGGACUGCGACAUCUUCAGGAUCCAGAAACCACAAUCCCCACCCCAAUCAGAAUUUCAUGAGAUGGAAGAUGCCCAGAGAGCAAGCAGAGGCUGACCCCAACAGCCGGUCACCGUGGAGAAUUCCGGCUUCCUCCCAAGAUAUCCAGAGAGCGAUAUCGUCACAGUACACCUCAACGGUUCGGGAGGAUUUUCUGGACAGAACCAAAGCAAUGGCCCUAAAACAAACCCUGCGUGCACCUCCUGAAUGGAAGACCUUGAUCCCACGUUGGCCGGAAACGGAAUUUCGACGAAAUUACGGGAUCCCACCAAAGAUCCCCGAACUGCAAGACUUUUCCUGGAAAUACGGCUGCUACGCAAACCUGCCAUUCGCCGUCCAAGGAAUUGUGCCCACAGUGAUAUUAGGUCACAUUUGGAACCAAAGGCAUACAGAACUACGGUCCACCUACCAAAGAGAUUAUGGGAAAGAUGAAUUGGAAUUUGUAAUGAUUUUAAAUUCUCUUGAUGCGACCCAAAUCCAGAAGUUUCUCCAGAAGGUUCCAAAUGAAGAAAGAAAGAUCCUUCAGGGUUUUCUCAAAACUUACUAUGGCAAUGCCCGAGAGGAAAAAAUAAAAAGAAUGACUUCCUCAGUCUCCAAGAAAUCUUAAGUCACCUUGUCUGAAUGAGAUCUGACACCUAAGGUCGCGAUUCGACAACAUCCCCCCACCCCCAGCGGACGAGAAGCAGUGAGACCCAGGCCGGCCCAACCCGCGUUACCUGGAACAUCGUCCUUGUGUGCCGUCCGACCUCCCCGUGUUCUGUAAUGAUUUCCCGGUUUAGUGAAUCACCUGUGGAAUUGCAGUCCUGUUGUAAAGUCGGUCUUUCCUCCCAGCUGAGCAGGCCCAGGGCGGGGGCGUCCCGCGGUCGCGAGCGAAGUCUAGACGGGGCGCACCCUCGAUAUUUACUGAGCGCUUA